AGCCCUAGAAUAAAAACCCACUGGUGACGUGCGCGCAGGGAAGCACCCAGCAGUAUGUGCGCGCCCACGGGAGGGGCCGACAGAAAAUGGCGAGUCUGUGCAAAAGGCAGCAAUGCACGGUAGAGAGGCGCGGCUUUCGGCAGGAACUUGACUCUUGGAGGCACAAACUCAUUCACUGUGUAGGCUUUGAAAGCAUCUUGGAAGGCUUGUUUGGGCCGGGACUAAUCAACGAUAUCACGCUUUUCCAAGACUGCGAGCCCGAGGAAGUGUCUGACUGGUCCUUCGAUGAAAACUGUCUCUUCUGCUGCCUGAGACGCGAGAAAGUCAAGGAGCACGGCGCAGAGAAGGGUGGAGGCAGCCAGGUGCUGUCGGAGCCGUCUCGGAUCUGCCGGCUGGAGAGACAGGCCCAAGACUUCCUCAAUGCUGUGUUCCACAGGAAAGACGUCCCAAGUUUCUCAGAACCUCACAUUCCUCUAGUGGCUCGUGAGAUCAUGCAGCGAAUGAUCCGCCAGUUCGCUGCCGAAUAUACCUCAAAAACUACUCAGGACGACUCGCCCCUGCCCAACGGCACCAUGAAGGACCAAAGCCUGCCGAGAGCGGCGUCUCUGGCCGCGGCCCCGUGCUCCCCGCCCGGGCCCCCGGUCGCGCCAAGCUCCCCUCAAUCGUCUGCCUCCUCCUCCUCCCUGUCCCCGGGGCCCGGCCUCAGCCCCGUCUCCGCCGCUGCUGCCACCUCAGCACCCGCCUGCACCCAGAGCAGCAACGGCGUGGGAGCCAGUAACGGCGGAGGAGGAGGAGGUACGCCCGCUGCCUCUGCACAGAAUCCCGUCCUCAGCAAGCUUCUCAUGAGCGACCAGGACGGCCCGCUGGACCUCUCCGUCAAAAAGAGCGAGGCCGACCCAGACCCCAGCCAGCAGGACGGCGUCCUGGACCUCUCCACCAAGAAGAACCAGAGUGCAGGAAACCACAAAACCUUCCCCGGCUUCUCCCCAGAGCCUGGGGUCAAAGGACAUUCUAUCAAAGUGGAACAUACCCUGCCAGAGGUGGACGAAGACGGCCUGCUGCAGGGAAGCUUGCAGGAUGGACUUGGGGAGAACUACGUCAACUCCAACUCCUUCAAGCCGCCAUUGGCCCGCUCGCUGCGUAUCAAGGAAGAGCUCCUGAGCCAGAAGCAUCGUCUCCUGAGCCAGCCUGCUGCUCUUUCAUUGUCUAAUCUAGAGUCAGCCGGCUUGCUCAAUCAUGUGCAGUCCUACGCCUUGCUUGGCCAGAAGGGCUCUUCCUCUUUCUGGGGAAGCAAGGCCCACCUCGAAAGCCUGAUGAAGCUAAAGCAGGCCAGUGGAGCUCUGAGCGGGGCCCUCAGUGACCUCAAAGACCUACCUACAUUCCUGGAAAAUCACCACAACCACCACGGAGCCUUCUCCUUCAAAAGUUCCCUCCACCAUCACCACCACAAUCAGGUCUCUAAGGCCCAACACCACCACAAUGAGGGCAAGAGGGACCAGGGUCACUCGCCACCUGUCGACCUAAAGAUCCCCCAAGUUCGGGGCAUGGAUCUCUCCUGGGACCAUGCUUCUGAGCUGUAUGGCUAUGGCCCCAUGGGGGUCGGGGGUGGUGGCCAUGGGGAGAACAUCCUUAACCGGAAGCUGAGAGCCAUCCUGCCCAAGCAGAACCGCCGGGGAGGAAGCCUUGGAAGCCUGCUGGAUGGGGCAGCGGACUACUGGAGCUCUGACUUGGACCACUCCAGUUCCGGGCCAGCGUACUCCACCUCCGACGCGGAAGGGGACCCAAACUCCAAGCAGCCGAGGAAGAAGCGGGGCCGUUAUCGCCAGUACAACACCGAGAUCCUGGAGGAGGCCAUAACGGUCGUGAUGAGCGGGAAGAUGAGUGUGUCCAAGGCUCAGAACAUGUACGGGAUCCCGCACAGCACCCUGGAGUACAAGGUCAAGGAGCGCCUGGGAACCCUGAAGAACCCCCCAAAGAAGAAGCUCAAGCUGAUGAUGAAGAUGGAAGCAGGAGGCCAGGAUUUUCCUCUCGCAGAGUCAGAGAACACGCCCACCGGAACCCCAGGAGACGACGACGGCGGCCCGCCACUGGCAGCCGCUGAGCUCAAGGACAAUGUAAAAGAAGAGAUCGAUGACAAUUUCAAACCAAUCGACUAAACGACUAAACACAUGUAAACCUCAGUCAAAUGACUUAAGUGAUUUGAAAACGGAUGGGGCUUUAUUUGUGCCAAUUUACUUUGCAGUAUCUGGGUGAGCACAAACGCAGGGAUAACAUAAGGAGGAUUCUUAAAACACACUGGAGGUAAACAACUAAACGGAUGGUUUUUAAACAAGUGAUGCCGUUUAAGCAUUUGUUUAGCUUUUAUAGCCAGGGGCUUGACAAACGCAGCUAAAGACAUUCGUUAAAUGACAAUUAAUGAAAUUCCCAUAAGCAUGCUAAUAAUCCCCAGCCCCAAAACCCAAUCCCCCUCUUUUCUGAACUUGAUACACUGAACCAUUGCUGCUUAUAAAUGCAGUUUUGGGCUUUGGACCAUUCCAAUUUGGGGAAACAAAUGAGGGGAAGAUUGAAAAUUAACUCCUUAAAAAAAAAAAACAAAUUAGUCCCUUUACUGCUCCCCUCUCUCACAAAGUACUCGCUGAAGAUUGGUAAAUGAACUGUCUAUUACAUUUGAAGCCAACUGUACGGUUUAAUCACACCAUUGGUAUUCCUCACCGGGGUUGUGAAUCAAAGCCCAUUCUCUUAUUGCCAGGUAGCCAUGACGCUUUAACUGCAAACCUUUCUUUCCUCCUUAAGAAAUUCUGUUAAUUUCUGUGUGGACGAAGGCAACAUUGACCCGUCCUUUUUGAAUGCGAGAAGACACACAAGUCAUUCAGGGAUGCAUGUUUGUGAGUUUCGUGGACACUACUGAAUUCUAUAAUUGACUUCUUUUACUCUGUCUUUUAUCCUUUCGUUUGAUUUGCUUUCUUUUGCACUACACUUUGGCUCUGGCGCUUACAGACCAGGUUACCUCGGCAUUGUUGCCCUUGCAUCAUGCACUUAUUAUGGUCUGUCUCUGAAGCCCAGUCGCAACCUCGUAACAGGUCGGAGGUGCACAUCGCCUGCGUACGCUGAUCCAUAAUCAGAUCCAAGAGAUUUGCCAAGAGACAAGUUUAGGUUUAAUCUGAUUGUGGAUCGGCUGUUUUUAAGGCGGAAUGCUACCUCAUGGACCUCCAUCAGUGUCUCACUGCUGAUCCUGGAAAGCUGAAGUCGCCUUCAGGUUGCCCUCCAAACGGUGACCAAAGUGAGCUCAUCCCCUUUAUGGAAAUCUUUACUGGAUGAAGGCCUUUUAGGAUCAGAAUGUGAAACUCUGCUGCUAUCCAGUUGAUUGCCUAGCUCCUGUACAAGGCUUUAGCUAGCCUACGCUAAUGGGUUUUAGCUAACAACAACACAUUGCUGAUGGUUUUUUUUGUUUUUUCUUCCUUUAAAAAAUAGAAAUCGAACUAAGCGGCUUAGCUGAAGAGUUUUAAAAUAAAUUAUUCUCCCUCAAACCUCAAAGACAGUUUUAACGGCAGUUUAUUACAACAAUGUGCAUUUAUAGAGGGGUUUGGGGAUGGGGGAGGGCAAUAUGCAGUGGGGAGGGGUACUUAAUAGAAACGAGGGAAAAGCAGAUUUAAGAUAUUGUAAAUUAUUACGACCGAUGAUUUAAAAGCCAAUCCGUGAUUCUGGAUGAUUUCUUUUCUCAUUUUUAACUCAGGGUUACUGAGACGGAUGAUGUGGGUUUUUAAAUAUGGUAAUUUCCUGUUGGACCUAUAGUAGACAGACAGGAGGACAAGCCACGCCUCUCACUAAUUCUUUGUCGAGGGGAGGGGCCAUGUGAGUCAAUAUGGCAGCGCCAUAGUAGAUAGACCUGCUAAUGAAUCACGACAAAGGACAGACAGACGUUGGGUUUGGGACUCGAACUCAUGGCGCUAAACUUCUACGAUGGCACUUUUCAAAAGUCAGCAAAAACACAAGAGAGGAAGAGAAUCUGUUUGACGGUUAUGCAUGUAGUGUAGCUCUUCGCUGGGUGACGGAUCAGAGAGCGAUCAGGAGGGCAGAGAGAUGGAAGAAAUAAAAGCUUUAGUGUGUGAAGACUUUCAAACGGCUGCAGCUCGGGACCCAAACAACUCUUUUGAUUUCCUCUCGAUUACCUCCAAGAUUUAAAACGGGAAAAAAAAAAGGUGAAAAGAAACGGUCGACGGCUUGAACAAGUUGAGUUUUGUGUAGUGUCGUCUCGGUGUGUCCCCUCCGCUCGCCACUGAAGCACCGGGAAUAGAAAAGAAUAUCCCUCUCAAGACACAGGUGGACAGAAAAAGGAAAAGCUCUUUUGGUAUUUUCCACGAGGGAAAGACUGAAGACGUCAAAAGCUUUUUGGUUGUCAUGUUUUUGUGCUCUGGGGUAAAUGUUGCUCUUCGCUCCCAACACUGCCUGGUGCUCACCCGGCCUGUGAGAAUUGUACCUCUCUGUUCAGAUGAAAUGAUGACGAUGAUUCACUCCUUUAUGAAAUGUAUUGUAUAUUUUAUUUAUUUGAUUUGUUUUCUUGGAUUAUUCUUUUUAAAGAAAAUGGCAUGCACCACUUUUUUUGGCUGAAUUUUGGGGUCGAGUUAAUUGAAUAUUGUUAAUCACUAUGUUGAGACGAUUUCAACGCAAUCUCACACUCAUUCUAAAUUAUGAAUGAAACACAAUCUAAUUAGAAUUAGAAUGAUUUAUUACCUGUUGCACACAAUCUUAAUUCCCCCUCUGUGGUUAUUGGUUAUCCACGUUAAGCUCUGUAGCUCCCUUGGCCUGAUUGACAGGUGUGCAUGGCCAACGGGAAGAGCUCCAGAAAGGACCCCCGGGACAGCUACAUGCCCCGGGGAUCGUCAUGCAUGAAAUGCGUCCAACACUUUGACAAUGCUGAGCAUUUAGAAGUGUCUAAAAGGUUGUUGUGCGAGUUGAGUCUGACCCAGCGAAGGACAACGCACUGAUCUGAGUAAAGCACUUGUUAUGAACUCUUGUAUAGUAGCUGCUCACUUAGCCGGCUGUGAAUACCGUUUGACAAAAAACGUGGCGUACAAUGUGCCCCUUCCCAAAAGCCACUUAAUAAAAAUACACGUGUAGAAAUGGUGUAAUUGGCACUUAAUGCACAGGUUUGUAUGGAUGAACUCCAACAGCACUUAGACAGAAUUCCCCUAAGAGGGGAGAUUCCUCCGUCCUUCAAGAAACUGUUGAUCCUUACUUAACGUUUGGCUUUUUGCUAUAAAUGUGCCAAUGCUUUCUAAAAAUGUGGGUCAUUUAAAAAAAGUCCCAUUUCCAGCCUGCCCUUACCUGCUGAGGUGCAUGCCAUUUAAAGGUGUAUUUAUUUCAUUUCAUUUGGUUUCUUUGUAUUGUUUAUAGUCAUGUGGUUAACGGCUCCCCCUGUCCGAAAAAGUCCUCCUUCUUGCAACUGAUUCUCACUGCUGUUUAAAAAAAAAAGAAAAACUCAUAUUAUAUACUUAAGAGAACAGUAUAUAUCUAUUUAUAUACAUAUAUAUUGACAAAAUACUCACAUAAUGAAUGUAGUGAACUGAAAUGAAUAUCUCAAAAACGUACAAAACCAGAACAGCCGUCUGCACAAGAGACGGCACCGUCGGUUCAUUCUCAACAGACUGUUGUUUUUAUUCGUUUUUUGCUUUUUUUACGUUUCACUUUUACGCUGCUUGCAUUGGAGAUGCAGUCCUUUUCUGACGCGGGCGUGCGACCGUAGCCUUCAGUACUGUAAAUGUCUCAGGAUCGAGCCAACGGGAUGGGCAGCAAUAUUUGUCAGUCGGAAAAUGGCGCAGACUUAACUACCUGUACUAGAUGUAAUUUAUAAUCGUGUGUGUGUGUGUGUGUGUGUGUAUAUAUAUAUAUAUAUAUAUAUAUACACACACACACACACAUACAUAUACUAUAUGUCGACUUGGCCAUCAGAGACCGAGUGCUAUACCUCAAUCUCAGAAUAAUGACUCCUUUCUGUGCCUCGUACUUGUAUGUAUACCUUACCUGGGAGCCUGGCGAAGGGAUAGCCGAUACUCUGGGAAAUAUAGUAUCCUCCGCUGUUUCUUUUAUUUUAUUAUCUGUUUUUUCUUUUCUUUGUUUCGCCUCCCUCUUGCGAAGGGAGGAGGGAGACGCUUCAAGUGUCUGACUGACCAAUAUUUGCCACCCUACCUCCUUUCAGGUUUUUCAGGCAACAAAACCUUAUAGAAAUAUACAGAGAGCAGCAGAUCGAGAGAGAGGGAAGACAACAGGGACGCUACAGCUAUUCCGGUUCUUAGCACUGGACGGGGUUGGUAUGGGAAGGCUGCAAACCUCUCAUGUCUUCCUCUGAAAGUUCAAACAUUUUGGGAUUCAGUCGUCUGGUUUCACCCUGGAGGCGCUCAGUCAGGGCGGUCCCACCCUGGUCUGAGAAAGGUAUUUUUGUUCACCGAGGUGUUUUUUUGUUUUCUUUCAUGGUUUAUUGUGUGUUUGUAGGUGAAAUAUAACUCCAGGUUGAAACUUGAGAGGGCUUUUUUUUAUUUUUUUAUUUCUCACACUCAGAGAAAUCAGAGACCCAGAGGGGCGAUUGGGGGACAGGUGGACAAGUUAACCUUCCUUCAUCUGCUGUUUUGUAAAAGAAAAAUAUAUCCAAAAUCUUUUGCAUUCCAAAAAAACGCCACCACAAACAGGAAAAUGUACCUUUAUAUGAUGAAAAUGAAAAGAGGCUAUAUACUUAUGAAUAUACAGGUAUUUAUUUUACUGUUUUCUUGCGUCUUCAGGUAAGCCGAUCGAUUUCUCUCUUUUGCUUUUCAGGUUGGUUUCAAUUUCAUUUAUUUUCGUUCUUUUUUUUUUUUUUUUUCUGAGUGAAAGAAAAGAAAAAUGUCGAACAACAACUACUGUAACCUCACUUAGUAGACGCCACAUGACGCGCCGUUUUGUUUCGGGACGGCGUGUCGUGCUGAGCGCUACCGGGAAAGAAAGACCCACAAUGUAUAUGAUUGCCAUGCUCCUCUCUGCCGAGAGCUUUGUUCCGUUUCUUUUUCUGUCACGCUGCAUAUCCGGUUGUCAUUUAUACCUCAGGUCCGACCACUUCAAAGCAGCUGAUUGUACAUGAGAAGCACGCUCACACACACACACACACACACACACACACACACAAAGAAGAAUCAGGAUUUUUAGUACGGCUCGUUUCCAGAUUUUUAGACGUAAACCGACGGAAGCAGUUUUUGAAUAAUCGUCGUUUCUUGUCAUUCGUACUGUUAUUCUGAUGGAAUAUUAUUUUCCUUUAUUUGUUUUCUUAUAUAUAUAUAUAAAAAAAAAAAGAAAAGGCAAAUUGUUUAAAAGCCAGAAGCCAGGUUUCUGUGAAUACAGACGCUGUAUUCUCUCGAGCACACACAGCCGUGGAAGAGCAGAGCGCACACACAAGAGACACGAGGCACCCACAGCAACACACUCCCUCCCUCCUCAUCAGGUAGCCACACUUUGUGUGGGCGGGUUUUACGUAUAAUUAUGAAGCUGGGAGUCUGCCGGUUCUCUUUUAGAAGCAGGUGGGGGUGUUUUGUACACACGGCCUGCAGAACAUCAGCGCUGCCGGCUGAGUUCUUGAUCUGGCUCGCUGGGACACUGCAGGCACUGCCUCUGUGAAAACCACUUUGUGUUGUUUGUUGCUUUUAACAACACGCUGCUUUUUAUUGUAAAUCAAUCUACAAAUUGUUCUCGUUCAAGGAAAGACAAAUCCAUCCUUCAGCUGUACGGUUCUAUGUUAGCAGUCUGUGAUGGUGUGUGCAUUCCUGCAGUUAUUCUGUUGACACUUGUCGUUAAGGCUUCUGUGUAUUUGAGCUACCAGUGUGGGGGGGGGGGGCUAAACAUCGACGCCCGGGAUGUUUUGUCUGGCUGCUAAAAAGCACAAACAUUUGAAAGAGAGUGCAGUAAUGUGUAUCUGAGCAGAGAAAAGUCGCUUCCCUCUGUGUGCAUUACCAGAGCGUGUGCCGUUAGUGCACGUGAGCGUGCCCCACUGGUUAGCUCUCAUGCGGAGGCUACAGCUGAUAACACCGCCCCGACCGUGUAGCUCCCACCCUGCGGUUGCCCCUCGGGUCAACACGUUCAAAGCUCUGUCAGCGCUGUUACCAUACUUUGCGCUGUUUGCACUGUUAGCUAUGAGCUGCCAGCUCAGGCGUCGCCGUGUUGAGAGCCGCUGAGAGGCGAUCGCAAUGCUCCCCUCUAAUCUCUUAUGAAACCUAACGGGUUUACAGUUUAUCUAGUUCGAAGGAUAAAGAUUAAAGAUUCUACAGAUAAGAAAAAGUGAGCGUUGCUCCCAUGUGGUGUCUUGCGGCUGCAUUGCAUGCUGGUCCAAUUGAAUUGUCCACCUUGGGUACAAAAUGACAUGAAAAGCUACAAAAUAGAUGCAGGAAUGCAAAGAACAUCACCAGAAGCUAAAUAUGUUGGGUCUGGUUCGCAGUCCAGUAAAUAGUCCAGAACUUGGAUCUCUUUCUGAGAAACUACCCGUCGUACUUUUGGAUGGAUUUUUCUUUUAACUGCAUAUUCAAGAAGUCUCUCUCUCUCUCUCUCUCUCUCUUGCAACAAGAUCCACUCUCUGAGUGCAGUUUAAAAAGAUAAUAAUCAGCACAUCUACUGACAGUUACACUUUACCUUGCGUGUCAUAAGCUCCGCCAUGAUGGUGUUGUUAUUCCCCCCAGACAUUUGUCAAAGCGGCGCUAACAGAUCUGAGCAAAUGUGCAUCUCGUUUGUCGCUGGGGUGCGACGCCGAGUGCUGUAAAUGUCAAAGCAUUUGUGGAGAUGUGACAACCAGUCGCUCGGCAGCAGCAGCCUGGUUUUGAAAGCAGAGAUAAGUACGAAACUCUUUAAGGCCAGACACGCUUCUGGAACGACGCUCUUCAGCAGCGAUCAACGCGACAGACACCUUCCCUCCGUUCAAAUUCACUACGCAGGAAAUUUGGGGGGAAAAAUGGAAAUGCUGGAGUGUAACAAUUUGAGUCUAAAGAUAGAAGUCUUCAUGUUAAAUCACUACACAUGUAAGAGAGUGUUACCGUAUCAGGAUAUUGACAGCUACACCUUGAAUUCACCGUCUAAUACUAAGUACAUCUUUUAGAAAAGCGUGCGCUUUAAAAAAUAAGUAUUGUCAUGGGGCUGAAUGUUUUCAAAGUGCACUCUUUUAAUUGCCUGCUUUCUCUACUUUCACAUUAUUCAGAGCUGUUGAUUUCUAAAUUCCCAACCUGGCUCAUUAAUCUUCUCCACGAAACCAACGCGCUCAAUCCGAUGAUGUUGCCAGGAUUAAGGGAUUAUAUGUUUGCUGUUCUUUAAUCAGUGGACUCGAGGGUGCCUUUUGAAGACUCUAAUCACGAUCUCAAAUCAUUUAAGGGUCGGUUUAAGGGUCAAAUUAGUCGGCUUAAAUUCCGUUGAUUACGUUGCUUCGUGAGCGGCUCGCAGCAGACAUUUUCUCUCUCACUCUGGCUGUUUCUCGCCUCCGACGAGCCCGCGGUGCUGGCGAGCGUCUCGCCUUCUCCGACCCCGGCAGAAAGCCUCCCUGCAGAUGGCAGUGAGACAGAAGUGGCAUUCUGAGGAGGUGGACGGGAGUGAAAUCUAAGUGAAGCGCGGCAGAAUAAAGGCUGCUGAAGGUCGCCAUCCCCACCCCCACGCCGCGCUUAAACAACGGGCUUUUACCGGAACGACGCUGAAAUUCACUUCACAAACCAACGGUAUACUUUCACGUCUGCGGUUGAAAUAAAUAAAUAAAAAAAGGUGCCGCGGUCGCUCAGAAACCUCACUUAAGAGAGGAAAGAGGAUUAUUAGGGACAAAAUAUAGCACCCCAUCAGGUAAUUUAGAAAAAUAAAAGCCACGGCUGUGUGGAGGAAAUCUGGCCAGAAACGCUCUGCGAUAGACCGCAUUGCAUUUCACGAGGUGCCCUUGUGUGUUGCCUUGACAUUCUUGCAGCAUUGCUCCCAUGUGGAGGUGUGUCUGGCCCUGUAGAGCUACCUACGUGGAGUCAAAUCCAACUCUGCAAAUCUCUGGUUUAUCUCUUAACGUGCAGGCUUCGGGUUGAGUUUGGGGGGAAUUCGAUUUGUGGCUUCUGACGCUGAUUCUUAGGGCUUUGUCAGAAGACGUGAUUAAAGAAAACAUUUGUCCAACACCGGCGAACAGAUAUUUACCACAGGAGGUCCGUUAUCCUCUUCUCGUGUCCUUGUUCCCUUCUUUACACUUCCAGCCAGACUCUCUCUUUGUCCCGCUCUCAUUCGUGUCCAUGCGAGAGCAUCGAAGAGCACGUUUGUCCUCCUCGGUGGUUUCUGCUACCUCAGUUCGUCACGUAGGGAUCUUUUCAGGAUUCCAACUGCUUCAGGAGUGGAUCGGUUAGUUUGAAAACUAAAGUAGAGUCUGUUGUUGCCAGUGAAGUAGCCAUUACAGGCAUUUCACAUGCAUUUCUAGACCUUGUAAACUUCCGAGGUCAGGUUCGAAAAAAGGGUUUUUGAUGAAAGUUAAGCCCUCAGAGAGUGAGCGGGAUGAUUUGUCAGGCCUCCCACUGGCCUCAGUGUCCUCUGAUUGUUCGCCGACCACAGCAAUCUGCUCGUCUUGUUAUUCCUCCUCAGAAAUGUGUCAGAUCUUGAUUGUCCCGUCACUCAGAAGUGUGAAGUUUCUGCGCCGUGAUGCUGCUGCAGCGCCGUCGGUGGGCCGAGUAGAGGCCACGCGUCCUCCUGCCACACCUCUGUUAAAUGUUGAUUUUAUUGUCAUUUUCUUUGAUGAAAAGUCAUAACCCCCCCCCCCCCCCCUUCCUUCCUCUCCCUUUCACCUUCGCGCCCCAACUAGUGUCAUCCUCUCAGCAUCCAGUGGAGCGUGAGCACCUUGGGGCUGACAGGCCCUCGUUUAUCCCAGGAGAGAUGGGGUGUUCCUGGGCAGCCCCGGGUCCUUCACCUCUCAUCAGGCCUUUCUCUAAACCUCACUGUCGCCUCUUGGGAUUGUACACUCGACCCAGAGGCCCCUGAACACGGUCUUCCCCCGUCUCUUCUCUUUUCACAGAGGCUUUGCCACGCUCUCCUCUGAUGAGGAACUUUGCCGAUGUAGAUUUAUUUUAAAUCAGGAAGUUGAUGAAGUCGUUAUUUCAGCAACAAGGGGGGGGACGUAAUCUUCUGCAAUAUUGGAAAAAACACACACUAACGCACAACAUACAUGCAGUAUAUGUUUGGCGGUCGGUUAAUAUUUCAGCCUUGGUGAACUCUCUCCACUAAAGAGACUCGAUGUUUUAAAGGUGUGGCCGUUAGUGUUGUAUGAAGUCUCUGAUUUCGCUUUGAUGUUUCAGGGUAACAGGCUCGAGCUUGACUUUUAGUUUCUGUGUUUAAAAAACCAAGAACAAAAAAAUAAGUGUCUAAUGAGCGGGGGGGGGGGGCUUUUGUUGAAGUUGCCAGUGCAUUGCCGUGAUCCUCUUGUAGCUUCUCUUUGCAGUCUUUCGAGUGAUGGCGUCCUCUACGUGUUGAUCUUUUGGCGUCUUUGACAGCCGCGUACCUCCUCCUGUCAGUGGCGAAGUCUACGCCUCGUGCAGACAGAACCACAGCGGUGUAUUUAUAGUCGAGCCGAGGAGCAGCGCUGGCUCGUGGGCACGAUCGAUAGUCGGCUCAGACAGACCGGCGCUCGAUGAGCGGAUCUCAAGAGUUCAGUCCUCAGCCGGGAAGUUUGGCAGUAUAGGGAAGAUUAAAACAGCCAAAACUAUUCACCAACUCUCUCACGGAACACCUCGAACUCAUCUGCUGCGAGUUGACCCAUGAGAGCCAGAACAACAUCACCUAAAAGGCUCUUUGAAAAGCCUUUUCUGUACAUUAUUUUCAGCCAAAUACUUUUUUCAGUGCUUUAUUAAAAAAACAGCGAGGAUUGUAAAUAUGACUAACUCUUAGCAGCGGAGGCUCGUGCAGAGCUCGCUUAACGCUCCACCUCGUUGGUCCUCUGGAGAUCCAACUCAACACUGUCUCCUUCCCGAAUGUCAUAAAUUUAGGAAAGCUGCUCGCGGAAACAACAGAAAAGCGAGCGUUGAAAGCACCGCCGAGUGUUUGCUCUUUCUUUCGGUCUUUGAUAAUGUAUUUCCAUCUUUGGUGUUUCUUGGUGUGCAAAAAUGUAAAGAAGAAGAAAAAAAAGAAAAACUUACAACACAGAAUACCUCAGAAAAGAUAUCCAUGUAACCUUGACAGCCUCCACAUAUUGUCAGAUCCCGACCGUCGACACAUCUCCCGUCUUCGUUUCCCCUCUUGCUUCUUUUGCCAUGCAGUGCGUAGCGCAGUGGGGGGGAGGUUUGUUCCCACUUUGGUUUCACAACCUCAUGCGUGUCCUUUCUUUGUCAGCGGUCUUGGUCUCAAACCUUUCACAGCCCACCUCCCCGUUCCUCUUUCAAGGACGGUUGUUUUUCGAGACGAUUUGACGGAUCGCAAAAGUUCAGAAAGAUCCACCGAAGAGACUCUUUUUCAAAAGAUGGGGUUGGAUUAAAAGAAAGAAGAAAUCCUCCCUCCGUUUGGUUCUUUAUAAAGUGGGUUUGCAGAAAGAAAGAAGGCCGCACAGUCCCCAUGUUGUUCCUUUUCCAUGCCUCUUUAUCUACGUAUCUCUUUAUCUUUAACAACUGAAUGUAAAAAAGAAAGAAAAAGGCAAACACAACUAACCUCUAAUUUAACUAUACAUAUUUAAGAAUAAGAAAUACUCUAUAUGUGCACAUAGAUAUACCUAUACAAGCCCAAACCGACAAACACAAAUGCAUAUGUAUAUACACAGAUCUCUAAUGUCGUAUACUAUCUUGAGAAAGGAAGAGGAUGAGCCUUUUCCAUCGAUGAUUCAGGGAAACCAUUGAGAAGUCCAGUGCAGUGCGUUAGUGGAAUCACUCCGUCGCUUCUAGUGUUCGUCUUCUGACUCUGUUCUUACUCGUUAUUUCCCCCCCGUGAUGUAGCAGAGGGCGAGGGGGCAGUGGAGACUUUUUUUUGUUAACCGAAGAAGUAGUGGAACUAGGAUGUAGUGUGGUUGUAGUCUAUUUGAGCCCGAUUCUGUGGAAAGG